UGCCUCUGCUUUUGGCAUGUAGCCCAGGCCCCAAGCAGCAAGUGCUCUUAACUGUUUGGAAAUGUCGGUCAGUCACACCGAAUAGAGUCGGCAGAUGAUGCUCUGGUCUCACUUGGUGAGUCUUAUUGCUAGUUGCGGGACCGCGCCGCACCGCCAGGGGAUACAAGAUUGGAUUUGGUAAUCAAAAGGAAUUAUUACUUUGUAUCGGAGUAUAGACAAGGCAUCAAACGUGGCUAAGUGCGGAAUGAAAGGACUGUUCUCCAAGAACAAGGUGUUCCCCUAUGAGGAGGUUGACAAGGGCCAGCCAUGUCUAAGCUGCGGGGAUCGAUGCCUAGGAUUUACUCCUCACAAGUGGAGGAGUACAUGUACAGCUUGUGGUUGUCAACGAGACGACCAUGACAUCAUCCAUGAUAACCUAGUGACUGUAUAUGAACGUCUAGGCAUAGAUACCAAAGACCACAAUGAAUUAGUACGUAGCAAGGAACGAGCCUUAAGUCUUGGCUACUCAUGGGUACCGCAAGGGCUUUCUCCAGCAAAGGUGGAAGACUUCAUGAAUUCCCUUCCAAACAACCAAAUCCCGAGGCUGCAUAGUGCUGGGGAGAAAUAUCGGGAUCGGCAGAUCAUCCUUCAGAUGCCUCGCCAGGACCUGUCAGAAGAUCUCUGUCGACACAUCCUGGAUGCAGCCUCCACUGAGUGCUUCUAUCAAUUCAUUGAGCUCAGAGAUGAGGUUGCCUUUUCAACAGGAAGGGUUAAAGAUUACCUUAAGGAAGAUCAGGAGUGCUUUAAAUGUGGCGGUGAGAUUGAAGCGGGUGAUAUGGGUGUCUAUGCAGACUUGUUAGAGGACGACUCGUUAUGCUGGCAUCCAUUUUGUUUUACCUGCUACUCCUGUGAUGAGCUUUUAGUAGAUUUAGCAUACUUCCAUAAAGACGGGCAUAUCUUCUGUGAACGGCACUACGCUGAGCUGGUAUUACCUCGCUGCAUCGCCUGUGACGAGAUGAAAUAG